ACUAAACUACUGCAUCAUAUUUCUAAAGUACCGUAUUUUUCGCUCCAUAAGACGCACCUGACCAUAAGAUGCGCCUAGGUUUUAGAGGUGAAAAAAAAAAGAAAAAAAAUAUUCUGAACCAAUGGACUGCAGACACAGUACAGAAGAUGACCAGAGACUGCGGACACAGUACAGGAGAUGACCAGAGACUGCAGACACAGUACAGGAGAUGACCAGAGACUGCGGACACAGUACAGGAGAUGACCAGAGACUGCGGACACAGUACAGGAGAUGACCAGAGACUGCGGACACAGUACAG